CUCCAUCAGCUGGAUCUGGUUCGUCACUGCCCGCUUGGCCCCGAUGCAAGUGGACAGUAUCGGCAUUUUGCUGAAAAUGUAUGUAUUUAUUUUGAUCCUCACCGAAGUGUGAUGCGUUCUUGCCUGACCCAAAUGUCACCUUCCCACAAAGUUGAAUGGAAAUCAAGUGUUAUAAUAGUGUUGAUAUGAGACAAGAUCUAGUUGACACCAGCAGGCUCAGUGAACAGUUCUUAAAAGUUUCUGUCGUGCUUGUGAGCGAUAGUUAUUCAAGUUUGACCUCAACUUUGACAUUUAACGUUCUAUAUUCCAGCAAAUGUGCUCGUUGUUGUUGCAAACGUGUGGCAGACAUUUGCCUAUCUGCUUUCCACUGCCACAUCUGCAUCUCCAGACAUGACAUCAAACUAUGAACUGUGUCGGCAGGUUUCAGCAAGUACCGUCGUAGCUGCAUUUGCGUAACACUCGACUUCCUCUUUUUCCUGUGGUUAGCUCAGAACAACUCUGUGACGCCCGUACCUCACUUCUGCUACUCGUAUAAAAGUCGAUGUGUUAGUAGAUUAACCGAACGGUGUGAGAGCAAGGCUUUGUGCUCUUGAUUUGGAGCUGCUCGACGCAGGCUCGUACAUGCGUUCACAAAACCAAAAUUCUUCAUCACUGCCAUGCCACAUGCCAACUCUGGUCAAAUCCCCAGCAAGAGAGAGACUCCACAGCAUGGACACUGAGAAAAAGAAACAGGCACCAGUGAGAGAAACAAGCCUAAAGUCUCGGCUGCAAUGCAGAUCAUUUCAAGGAUCAAGCACGAGAGGGCUUUGUUUCGAAGAACUAUCCCAGUGGUCACACUCCCUCGAGAAACUUAUAGCAUCGAAAUAUGGAACAAAAAUAUUCCAGGCCUUCCUGAAGUCGGAAUACAGCGAUGAAAACAUGGAGUUUUGGUUGCUAUGCGAGGAUUACAAGGAGAUCAGGUCCUCCUUCAGGAUGAAGUCCAAGGCAAAACAAAUCUUUCAACAAUACGUACAGGCCGAGGCGCCCAGAGAGAUUAACAUUGAUCACAAGACCAGAGAGCUGAUCAGGCGAAACAUGAAGACGGGCGGCGCGAGAUGCUUUGAUGAGGCCCAAAGGAUCGUUUACGGGCUAAUGGAGAGAGAUUCUUACCCCCGCUUCCUCAAGUCCGACGUCUAUCGGGCUUUUCGGGACUCCAUCUGAUUCAUUGAUGACAUCAAAACACAUAUCGCAUAUCCGAUAUGUUUGGAUUUUAAGCGAAAUGCUUCACCGCCUGCGUGCAGGUGAACAUCCUCACUAUGGGAGUGCCGGACACUAGUGACUCUUUUAAGCAUUGUUCUCUCCGUAAAGGAAUAAUAUUUGCUCUUGUAGUGGCUCUCAUUAAAUGAUGCGAGUCUGACUAUUUAAAUGACUGCCAUGUUUUCGAGAUUUAUAAAUGGAUCUUAAAAGUUUUGACAUUUAUCUUUGCUUUCCUACAUUUUUCUUCAGUAAUUGUUACCCCGUGACCCUUCUCAAUAAACGUCAUAAUGGAUGUGAGAUAUUUUCCACGGAUAAAGUCAAAAGACCCCAAAGAGGACCAAGGGGACAAAGAAGUCUCUUUCGAAUCCAAAAAUACAAGUGUGUCUAAAAACAGACUGCACGUGAACAACUGUUUGAUCCAUGCGCGGAAUUUCAGGAAUAUGCGAGACUCAUCGAGCCUUUUUCACCAUUUCAUUGGACUUUCAUGGUGUUAAAAAACGUUUCAAAAGCUUCUCACAAGCUGUCGGGCUCUUUAUCUAAACUCAGUCUUACUUUUCUAAUUGCGGCUAAUCUGACGAGCUCCUCAUAAACUCAAGUCCUUACGACAGCAAAGGAACAACAUGCAUUUGUAUCAUAAAAAAAAAAAAAGAAGUGACAAAACAAAAGCGUCUCCUGUGACAGACAUGAGGAGGAACUGUGAAGGCCCACAUGCGCGUUUCACAUCACUUGUCAUCCUGUGACUGCGCACAACACUGACGAUUAGCACGUUAGGUAUGGCGAGGAAAGUGGGGCACCCUAAUCAAAUGAAAAUUGACGAAUAUCCAACAAUUCCAAGUUGAAGUUGGAACCAGUGGCAAUACUAAAGUAGCCUGGGAGAUGUGCACCAAAAGUAUUACUGAUGACUCCAACUUUGAGGACGUACACUAUGUAUAUAAAUGCCCUGAGUGCAGUGGAAUGUGGCCACAGACUGAUGCAAUUCUAAACAUCUAAUCAUUAUCCAUACAUUUUGUAAACAUCAAUGUUGAACGUGUUCAUUCACGACAUUCAUUUCUUCUUUCAAAGAUCGGCGCAUUCGUUCCAAAAGUGCAAAUUUGCUGUGCAUGACCACUUAAUUGACUUAUGACAAAGAAUCGCAUUGGAAUGUCAAGCUAAAUGACGUAGGAGCCUUUUGAAUGCAUUAAGUGUGAAGAAGGCCAUGGUGAGAGCGAUAAUAUUUCUACACUUAAUCAAUAAGGAGGCAUAACUUUUUUGGGACGCACUUGUAAACUUGUACGCAUGUAAACACAGAUAAAUAUAGCAAAUGGCGCACAACGGAAAAUGGCCCGUGGCUGAGGGAGAAGAAAGUCACACUCCACUUUGGCUCUGCCUUCUAUCAUUUCGCACAGCCAGACAGUUUCAAGCGAUGCAGCUGCGGAGAUCUGACUUUGUCUUUUUUUAACUGCAAAUCUAUUAUUUCAUAAAUUCUAUACCAUUAUGCAAAAAAAGAUAUCAUCUGCAACUUAAAAUGAAGAGGAGGGAGUGAAUUGUAUUUCUCACAAUGGAUGGGCUUUGUAAAACAUCUCUGGAUCUUCAGACCCCAAAGAGAAUGUAAGUACAGUAUUGCAUGAUUUCUCUGAAAUACAGAAAGAGGAAUCAUGAUUUCGUUCGAUGGUUUAUUUCCGUAGACACAAUGCAUGGAAAACCAAAAUACAUGUAUUCAUUCAGAAUCCUUCACCAUGGGCUAAAAUCAACAGGUACUUAGCUUGUAUUCCUUCCUAUUUAGUUUUUUACACAAUGCAAAACGGCAAGAAAAUAUGUUGGCCUUCUUCUGUACAGCCACACCGCAAGUGAAACAAGGCCAGUGGCAGAAUCUCUUGAGGUGCUUCUUUCCCAUAAAGGUAUUUUCGAAAUCUACUUCCAUGCAAUAAGAAAUAAGGAAUAUUGUGAUUUUUAUCGUGACAAAAACUUUUUGCUUUUCUUUCGAUUGAAAAAAAAAAAAGUUGGACAAUCAGCCUUUCGGGACUUUCUAAAGUCUGAAUUCUGUGAGGAAAACUUGGACUUUUGGCUUGCCUGUCAAGAGUUCAAAACCUUGGACAGAGCGGAUCAGCGUAAACAGAGAGCAUUACACAUUUAUGAAGAAUUCAUUGGCACUGAAUCGCCUUCACAGAAAAUCUACAGUCUACUGGAGAACGGACCUUUCCCUCGCUUCGUUCAGUCGAAACACUUUCAAGAUGUGUUUAAAUGCACUUCCGAGCGAGCAAACACCAGAAGGCUUUGAGGGCGAAGAGCUCUUGAAGCAUGAAGGAUGAAUCCAUGCUAAUCAGCCAAAUACAAAGUUCUCAACGGACUCAAAGGACUGCCACUCGGCGUGUUUCUAUCCAACGAGACAGAGAGCUCAUUACAAUGGACAUAUCACACUGCUUAUAUUGUAUACACAAACACUGUGCUCCAGCCAUUCAUCCAUCUUCUGUAACGCUUAUCCUCACUAGGGUCGCGGGUGUGCUGAAAUCUAUCCCAGCUGACUUCGGGCGAGGGGUAGUGCCGGUUAAUCAGUGGGCACACAUAAACAAACAACCAUGCACAUUGCACCAUAAGGACAAUAUAGAAUCUUCAAUGUCCCCCCACCCUGCCCCUUCUUACCCUCUGUGCCCCUAUGUGGGUGAUGUGCCCAUUUUCAGGAAUGUAACAUGCCCCGGGCGGCCCAAAGGCAAACCUGUUCAAAAAAAUAGCUCACCAGUGAUGAAACGUGACAAAUGUCAUGUUAAUUAUUUUUAAAAGAUAAACUUGUGCAUAUAUUUAUAGCAAUAAAUUCAUCUCCAUCUGU